CAGUAGAAUUGGGAACCUUAAUAGAGCAUAUUCCUAGGGAAUAUAACUCUGUUUUAUUAGAUUCUGGAGCCAUGAGUGGGUGUCCAUUUUGGGGGAACAAAUAUCAAUUCAAUUUUAAUAAGCUGUCUUUGGAAGAUGAGGGACAAGACAAGUCGCAAGAAGGGUUGAACAAAGCCAGCAAAGGUGGGCUUAUCUAUGGAGACUAUCUACAACUGGACAAAAUAUUGAAUGCUCAAGAGCUUCAGAGUGAAAAAAAAGGAAAUAAAAUCCAUGAUGAACAUCUUUUUAUUGUGACCCACCAAGCUUAUGAGCUUUGGUUUAAGCAGAUUCUAUGGGAAUUGGACUCUGUUCGAGUGAUCUUUCAAAAUGGCAAGAUGAAAGAUGAGAGGAACAUGCUUAAGGUUGUCACGCGAAUGCAGAGGAUCUCAAUGAUCCUUAAGCUACUUGUGGAACAAUUUUCAGUUCUGGAAACAAUGACUGCCUUGGACUUCUUUGAUUUCAGAGAAUACUUGAGCCCAGCAUCAGGUUUUCAGAGCUUACAGUUUCGAUUAUUAGAGAAUAAGAUUGGUGUCCCGCAGAGUCUGAGAGUCCCUUAUAACAGAAGACAUUAUCGUGAUAACUUCAAGGGACAAGAUUAUGAACUCUUGCUUAAAUCAGAACAGGAAUCAACACUUCUGCAACUAGUAGAGGCAUGGCUGGAAAGAACACCAGGACUUGAGCAAGAAGAAUUUGAUUUCUGGGGAAAAUUUCAAAAGAAUGUUUUCGAAGGUCUAGAAGAAGAAUUUGCAAUGAUCCAGACCAAACCAGAGUCAGAAGAAAAAGAAGACCUGCUGGCUGAACUUCAAAAGCAAAAAGAUGUACUGCUUUCAUUAUUUGAUGAAAAACGCCAUGAACAUCUUCUUAGUAAAGGAGAAAGAAGACUGUCAUACAAAGCACUGAAGGGAGCUUUAAUGAUUUACUUCUACAGAGAGGAGCCUCGCUUCCAGGUUCCCUUUCAACUUCUAACUUCUCUUAUGGAUAUGGAUAUACUUAUGACAAAGUGGAGAUAUAACCAUGUCUGCAUGGUGCACAGAAUGAUUGGCAGCAAAGCUGGCACAGGGGGAUCAUCAGGCUACCAGUAUUUGCGUUCAACAGUGAGUGACAGGUACAAAGUGUUUGUCGAUUUGUUCAACCUUUCAACAUUUUUGGUGCCAAGACACUGGAUACCAAAGAUGAACCCAACCAUUCAUAAAUUCCUUUACACAGCAGAAUAUUGUGACAGCUCUUACUUUAGCAGUGAUGAUUCAGAUUAAAAAAAAAAUUCUACCCAAGUGAUCCACUUUGAACUGUAAUGUGACCUGAUUCUCACUCUCCAUGAUGUCCUCUGAAAUAUAAUCAAUAUUAUAAGGCAUGUAUAUAUAUUUAUAAACAACAGGCUAAAAGCAUUUUAAGAAUGUGAUGAAAUUCCGGCUACAUUAUGAAUAAUGUGAUUUACAGGUAUUACAAACUAAAUGUUUACAUUAAGUUCUUUUUAAAAUAGUGGAAAAAUAGAGAGAGAAGGCAGUUGAGACCAACAGAAUAUACAGAGAUUAAAGUGUAACUUUAAGUUAAAAACACAGGAAGUGCAUCUACACGACAUAGUUUAGUGCGCAGUAAAG